AUGUCCUCCGGAGGCUACCCCAGCCCGCGUCAGGUUGCGCCCAUCGAAGGAAUCCCGCUGCCAGUGACGGACGGAGCCUUCGGGCGCGAAGAGGCGUAUCUAAUGUUGCACGAAGCGGACGAAGGGCGGAGGGGAUCCCGGCGAGCGUGGUGGUGCAAGCUUUUUUCCAUGGGCGCGCUCGCACUGCUCGUCGUCGCGUCGGUAUACCACGUACGCAGCUCCGACCUCGUCACGCGCUCGAGAUGGGUUGGCGGCGGCGCGCCAUGGAAUGCUGCCAGUGAUUGCAUGAGACACGACAUGUGGAUGGUCGAAAAGGGGCAGGAUGGGCUGUCACGCUCAAGACAACGGCUGGAGCUCGCUCCGCCAGACCUCAACACCACCCUUCUCUUCGACGCCAUAGGCGCAUACCGAGAGAGCUCGAUUGCGUUCUCCUUGAACGCCACCCCUAACACUACCGCCAUCAUCGUGGACAUACAAGCCGACUACCCCACAGAAUAUGAUAUCGACUCGGUGGUUGUGUGCAGUUCGCAACCGUCUGAAAUGCGGCUCCUUAGUCCCGUUAAUCUUCCCGAAAUCCAGUACUCUAUCAAUGUCCAGCUCCCAACGAACGCGGACGGCAGUUACCUUAAUCUCAGCAAGCUGGUGUCUUUCAUGCCUCAUUUCGUACAUUCGUUAGGACCGUUGGCGGAUGGUGCGGUCUUCGGCGAAGUCAAGCUAUACUCUGGGAUGUCGGCUGUUUAUGUCGAGUCCUUACUCGCGGACCAUGUAGGUGUGACGGCGAUGGAUGCCUGCAUCGAGGGUACUUUCUACGCUUUCGGCUCCCUUCGCUUGCACACCUCUGGUGCGCCGAUCACGGCACGCACCCACCUCUUCAACCUUGACGUCACUGAGCCGACGCGUCUGGACAUGCGGACAACCGACGCCGAGAUUCAUAGCGAGGUCAGCCUCCUCUGCGGCACGCCCGACGAGCACCACCCCAGCGGCCCCGGGGCGUUCAGCCUGUCCGCUCACAACCGCGGCGGACCCGUCAACCUCGCCGUCCUCGACGCCCCCUUGUCCAACCACUUGCGCGUCCACGCGAGCGCGCACGACGCCCCCGCCACCGUGGCGCUGCCGCCCUCGUACGAGGGCGGGUUCGAAGCGCGCACUACGUACGGCCCACGCCCCGUGGUCGAGUGGCGUGAGGAGCUUGUGGACCCAGCCGGGCUUGGAAGGAAGCGCGGCGCACGCUGGGGCUCGGUUCAGAGAGGGCGCGUUGCGGGACGGGUUGGUUGGGGGGCUGCGUGGUCGCCGUGGGGCGAGGAGUCGGAGACGUUUGGAGAUGAGGGGAACAUGGUGGUCGUUGAAGCGUGGGAGGACCAGGCGACUUUGAGCCUAUGA